AUGGGGAAUUUUGACCAGGACAGGUGGAGGUGGAACUUCAAGUGGCGAAGGAAUCUGUUUGAUUAUGAGAGUGAUCAAGCUGUGAAUUUUAUGGAGGAGAUCAAUUCCAUACACAUUCAGAGAUAUGUUAAAGAUGUCAUGUUAUGGAAAGUUGACCCUAGUGGGGUGUAUACCACUAAGUCUGCUUAUAAAUUACUGAUAACACCUUCUACACCAGCCUCGGAUAGGAGAACAUCACAAUUACUAUGGAAUAUGAAAAUUCCUCCAAAAGAUGUAGUUUUCACUUGGAAGCUUUUAAGAGACAGACUCCCCACUAGAGCUAAUCUCUCAAGGAGAGGGGUGAUCAUUCAAGAUAUUGCUUGUCCUUUAUGUGGUGAUGAAUAA